CACAUCGAUAUGAGAAGUGAGUGGCACAAUUCUCACCACUACUGCUACACUACACUACACUACGCUACCUUCUUCAAAACAAAAGAAAGUUUUGCCCAGCGACAUUUUCUUUGGUUUCACUAAUUAAGCUCCCAUCCCAUCCCACAACUACGGCUUCGCAGGGGGAGGCGUCCAGCGCUACGGAGGCGAACGAACGCACACCACUGAUGGCUGCUGUCAAUCUCCAGGCUUCGUGCUCCUCCGGACUCGCCACCGGGGACGAUGCCAAUGUGGGCAGCCAGAACGGCGAGGCGGAGCGUUUGGAGCGUCCUCCAAGGCGGCAACAGCAGCGAAACAACUACGGCUCCAGCAAUCAGGAUCAACCGGAUGCGGCAAUACUUGCGGUUCCCAAUGUGGUGAUGCGGGAACCUGGCGGACAGAGACCUUCAAGACUGACUGCAGGUGGCGGCGGCCCCGGUGGUCCGCCCCCAAAUGAACUGGAGGAGGAACAAGGUCUGAAAUACGGCGCCCAGCAUGUGAUCAAGUUAUUUGUGCCCGUCUCCCUGUGCAUGCUGGUAGUGGUGGCCACCAUCAACUCCAUCAGCUUCUACAACAGCACGGAUGUAUAUCUCUUGUACACUCCCUUCCAUGAGAAAUCACCAGAACCCAGCGUUAAAUUCUGGAACGCCUUGGCCAACUCUUUGAUUCUGAUGAGCGUGGUCGUAGUAAUGACAAUUCUGCUGAUUGUUCUGUAUAAGAAACGUUGCUACCGCAUCAUCCACGGCUGGCUGAUUCUCUCCUCCUUUAUGCUGUUGUUCAUCUUCACGUACUUAUAUUUGGAAGAGCUCCUUCGCGCCUAUAACAUACCCAUGGACUAUCCCACUGCCCUGCUAAUUAUGUGGAACUUUGGAGUGGUCGGAAUGAUGUCCAUUCAUUGGCAGGGUCCUUUGCGGUUGCAGCAGGGAUAUCUUAUCUUUGUGGCUGCCCUGAUGGCCUUGGUGUUUAUCAAAUACCUGCCUGAAUGGACUGCCUGGGCUGUAUUGGCUGCCAUUUCUAUUUGGGAUCUCAUAGCUGUCCUCUCUCCAAGAGGACCUCUUCGCAUAUUGGUUGAAACUGCCCAGGAGCGAAAUGAACAAAUCUUCCCCGCUUUGAUCUACUCAUCCACUGUCGUUUACGCACUUGUGGGCACGGUUACGCCACAACAAUCACAGGCCACUGGCUCAUCAUCACCUUCGUCCAGCAACUCCACCACCACCACGAGGGCCACCCAAAACUCGCUGGCUUCGCCGGAGGCAGCCGCGGUUAGUGGCUCACGCUCAGGUAACUCCCAUCCUCGACAGAAUCAGCGGGAUGACGGCAGUGUACUGGCAACUGAAGGUAUGCCACUUGUGACUUUUAAAAGCAAUUUGCGCGGAAACGCCGAGGCCGCGGGUUUCACGCAGGAAUGGUCCGCAAAUUUGAGCGAACGUGUGGCCCGUCGCCAGAUUGAGGUACAAAGUACUCAGAGUGGAAACGCCCAGCGUUCUAACGAGUAUAGAACAGUCACAGCUCCAGAUCAAAAUCAUCCGGAUGGGCAAGAAGAACGUGGCAUCAAACUGGGUCUCGGCGACUUCAUCUUCUAUUCGGUAUUAGUGGGUAAGGCCUCCAGCUACGGCGACUGGACGACCACAAUCGCUUGCUUUGUGGCCAUCCUGAUUGGUCUCUGCCUCACCCUCCUGCUGCUGGCCAUUUGGCGCAAGGCCCUGCCCGCCCUGCCCAUCUCGAUUACCUUUGGAUUGAUAUUCUGCUUCGCCACCAGUGCUGUGGUCAAGCCGUUCAUGGAGGAUCUAUCGGCCAAGCAGGUGUUUAUAUGAACUAAAAAAAAGAAAAGACAAGGACACAUAAAAUGUCCCACAGUAUCAUAGUCUAACAAAGCUUUUUGUAAUCCACUUCUUUAUUUAACAAAAUGCAUAGUAACAAACUCGA